UAGCCGAUCGCGCGUCGUGGCUUCACGGAUCAUAUAUUACAUCGACCAGCCUUGUGCACUGAACCAGUGUUUUAGGUAGCACAUGAUAAUUUGGCUUCUGGACGUGGGGUAUUUUUACGGUCAUCGAAACUCAACACGAGUGAUUUCAUCACUCAUGUUUCAGCAGAGGUCAUUGUACGGAUCCGAGUUGCAGUACUAUUAGUGUAAUGUACCUGAGUUGGGGCUGACAACGUUGACCUGGGGACACCCUGAGAAUUUGACGCUUGCUUAGCCUGUCUUUCUUCACCACAGCGCAGAGGUCGUCGCAGCGCGAGUCCCCCGCCAGACCGCCCUCGUCUUUUGGUUUCUCCAUGCCCAGCCUAUUCUCCCGUGCAAGGACAAACUCCAUUCCAGGCAAGAAAUCUAGUCUGGGCACCGCCCACGAUGAGUUUGGCCGCGUGAAGAGCAGAGACUCUGGCAACGGCCCUUCUCUUACCUUCACCGGCAGAAAGGACAAGGACAAAAAGAAGGACCAAAAGUCCAGGAAACGCACUAUCUCUUCUCCAAAACCUGACAACGAAGUAGCCAACGUCUUCGCUCAAAUUCCCGACGGCAGUUUUCUCCCUCUCAGCCUCGACCGUCCUCGCGACGAAUCUGGAGAGGUGAAGACGCUCGAGUACGACUAUGGCUACCUUUCCUACGAACGCCAUGUCAUCCUUGGUCUGGACGAGGUGGCACGGCUUGUAGACGUGGUUGCCAACGAGCUCACGACUCGAUGCCUCACAACGCCGUUCAUUUUUUCUGCUCUCGCUCUCGACAUCUCUUCCCCCGCCAUCAAGCGUCUCAUUUGUACCUUUCUCGACACCUGUGCAAAUCCACUCUCUAUGGAUGCGGACCGUCGUUGGCGUGAAGAAGCGCGCUUCGCCGGUGCCCACGAACUUGGCAUGUGCAUUCGGUGGGGUCUUGCACGCGUCGUAAGAGUAGUUGGAAACCAGGCCGUGCGAGGCCUCAUUUCUUGGGAACACUACACGGAAUUCCGUGAUUCGGAGGCAGCCCACGGCUAUCCGCCAGCGCACUUCUCAGCGUUCUUCCCACCAUUGCCAUCCGUCCUGCAGUCCAUCUUAUCGACACUUCUCGACCUCCUCACUCGCUUCAUUGCUCACAGUUCUUCCUCGGGGCAUACACCACCCACAUUGUCGCCACUCUUCGGACCUUUACUGUUUGGUCUAGGCCCGGCAAGUCUUGCUUUCCACCACACUUAUAUCCACUAUUUGCGCGCAGUUAACGCGAUGGAACACAUCCUGUUGGCUUACAUCCGUUGGCAGGAUGCACCCAGACUUGCAUCCUCUCCAACCCACAUUAACACUAAUGUUGUUCACGGGAGCGCCACUUCCCUUGGUGUUCCCACGCGCCUCAAAGACUGGAUUAGGGGUUACCCUUCCAUGUUACCUUUCCUACAUGCCAAGGACAAGCAAGGUCGACCGCAAGUACGUCGCGGAGCUCGCACAAUACGCGUCGUCAGUGUCCGCCGCAACGUUAGGAUGUAUUCGCCCGACCUUGUCAAGACAGCUGCAAGCUGGGCAUCCCGUCCUCGGAGCAGUAGUGAAAGCCAUACCGGGUUGGCUGGAUCCAAGGAGUGGGAGCGUAUCGCCUCGUCUGCGCUCAAGCUGCAGCCCCGUUAUUCAGAAGGAUACAAGAAACGAAUGGACAUGCCUCCUAAUUUUCAUCCUUUUACGGCUUUGAGUUCUGACUUGUCGUCAGCGGCUUCGAGCACAUCGUCAAAUACGUCUCCUCUAGAUGACAAGGAUUCACUCGGGCUCGGUCUCGGUCUCGGUCUCGGUCUCGGUCUCGGACCACGCGAAAGAGAAGACCGAUUUAAGACACUUACCGAUAUGAAAUGGGUCGAAUUCGAGACAACUGGCUUUGGCUCGUUCGAGGUUGACGAUAAAAAACUUCAAUUCGACCUGACAGAGAGCGAAAAGGCGCCUCGUUCCGAGAAGCGUCAGACGAUGAACUGGAAUGACUUCUCGGUCGCUGGUUUUUCUCGAUCUGAUGGCCCCCUUGAUACCUCUCUCCAGUUUAGCGCUCCAGUGACCCACACCAUAACGUCAUGGCCUGCUCACAAUGCGGAUAUCACGAAAAAGCUCAAGAAGACGCAACGUGCACUCCCACCAUUUGGUUGGGACACAGAGCCUGUCAUGGGCUCCGAGGAGGUGAUUGAGGAGGCGUUUUUGGAUGUAUUUUGUGACCUAGUAUACGGAGGUGGAUGGAUGGAUGUCGAACGUGUUGAGGAGACAGACAGGGAGUGCAACUGGGCUUUGAUUGAAUUUAAGUCGCUGCCGGUUCACAAGCCCGCAGUCAUACCAGGCACUGAUCCCCGCGUGGCAACAAUGGUGGUACUAUUUGAAGAAUUCGUGCCGUUGGAGUACCGGCAGCAGCUCGCUAAAGAUUCCGGGACGAAAAGGCGGUUGCCGUUCUUCUUCGCGUCGAUCAAAUCGAAACAGUGGAAGCCAGCUCCAACCCUCAAUGGCCGCCCCUAUGUCGUUGGUCACGUACCCAAGAGCCCGUCGUACCGCGAAGUCGAAUUCGAAGGUCUUCUGCGCUCAAACGGAAGCAAAGUUCUGACGUUAUCCAAGCCCGUUCCGCCAGCGGCAUCCUUAUUGGCACCUCCGUCCCCUACGUUUCAUCUGCAGCGGGUGCCCUCGGACAGCCCACUAACUCCGACAAGCAAUCGCCGGUCUCGGUUUCGCAUCCCAGUCCCGAACCCAACAGUCGUACGGCGGUCGGGGUUAGUACCCGCUGAGUACUCAACUGUCGAUUUUGAGACGCGCUUAGCGAGCUACAGCGAUGAUGAGUGGAAUGAGACAGCCAGCACGAAGGCCCUCACUCCCGCUGAGAAGUAUGAGCGGCGCAUGUCCAGAGAUGACGCGUGGGUGGACAUCCUGGUUGCGAGUCAAAACCGUCGACUGGGAACACAGGAGGCAGAGAUAAAGGGGGGCGGUGGGACCUUGUUGAGGGGGAUGAAGGGUGGAGGCCGCUCGGAUCCUGAACUUGCCAGUCAAGAGGUCGCGCAGGUCCUUGCUGGCGUGCGCGCGCGCUCCCCACUUUCUGACGAUGAAGGGAUUCAAACCCGCCAAUUGACCAAGGGAGCCUCACCAGUACCACAUGGUGACGACAACGGCAAUAUUCACGAAGACGCAGACAUCGACUCGGUGAUGUCCUACCCGAAGGCGAAGCGAAUUGGAUACUUCGAUUUGCAUCCUGAGCGCCUCCCUGGGGCGACAACUAGGCCCCUGCCGGUACGACCGCGGGCUAAUGGUGAUGAAUCUGACGGUGACGAUGUACCAGAUGAAAUGGUUUACGGCGCGCCUGAGCAAGUUCCCGCGAUUUACCCGUCGCCGCAGGCUGUGAGGUCAUCUUUCGAGUCGGCGAGCGAGUAUGCUCCAACGUCGGUUGGCCCCUCCCCUCGUGAUAUGGACUUCCCUGAGUUUGGCAAUGGUGAAGAGAGUAGAGAACAGAAAGAGAGUGGACACUCAAGAGCGGAAUCUACCACCCUACCCCGCGUCCAACCUGAAUUGCCGGUGACACCAGUAUCGCAAAGCAAGACUGCUGCACUUAUCGAAAUGUACCGUGAGCGGGAAAAGCAGGUCACUGUAACAACCCCGUCCCGAAUCCCCAUACAAACCCCACCUAAAGAUGCGUCACUACCUCCGCUUCCUCGUGCUACUUCCCCUACGCCAUCCCCUCAGCCAGUGCCCCAGAUCGAGAUCGAGGAAGUUGGUGUCGAGGAGCCUGAACUGGAGGAGGAACCUUUGACUCCAAAUAUGCUUUAUGAAGAAGCCGGAAGCAAUAGCCCUGGUCGAUAUGUGCACGGCAUGCCUCUUCAGAACGUCUUGGAAGAAGAUGAAGAACUUGACGAGUGAAGAAAGACAGCCAUCGCUCCUUUUUUUUUAGUUUCAGUCAUGUUGGAUUUCUUGCGUGCGACAUAUUCCGCCACAUCAGUAUUAACCCUCCCUUUCCUCCCCCUGUUUUUCUAUCUUGCCCACCUGUGCAACGGUUGAUACCUCUGCCCUUUACUGGUGCCGGGUACUGGAUUUUCCCCUUUCUUUAUCCUUACCAUAUUGCCGUUCUUUCUUUUUCACACUUUCUUCUCUUUUCCUUAUUAACAUAACCUGAAGCUAACCUGCUCGCGCUGACCAUUUCUAAUAUCGAUCGCCCUUCAAACCCAUGCCAAUUGGCCUCGUCAUACAUAUUUGUCCACCCUACAUAUGUUGCCUCUCCUUCAUCAAUCUCUUACGUCCCUCUUGCGGAGUUACUCAUCGACGAAAUGUGGUACUUAAUAUCGAAUGAUUAUCAGUCUUGGUCGGUUG